AUUUUAAAGAUGGCAGCUUGCAUGUAUGCAGAAGUGCAGUGCUUGUAGAGCUCCGUUCUGGUUCAUAGUGAUAUAUGACUGUAGAAUACUGAAUAAUAAAAAGGCGAUUGACAACACAGAGCAACAUGGCAGAUGUUGCUGUUGACAACAGUGCCCCUGCUGAUCCAUUACCCAGCACAGAGAAGAAAUCAGUUCUUACAGAUGACUUGAUGGAGGAGAAAAACCAAGAGAAUCAGCCAGCAGCAGAAGGAGAGGGAGCAACAGGUGGUGACUCCAAUGUCUACCGUUAUACCAAAGGGGAUCUUUUCACAUCAGAGAUAUUCAAAGUUGAGAUUCAGAACCUGCCCAAGUACAUUGGCUUUAAUGACCUGAAGAAGUUCCUAAACAAACAUGGAAUCAGUCCUCACAAAGUCAAGCUUUUCAGCAAACAGAUGUUUGCCUUUGUGACUUUUAAGAACCAGGAGGAAAGGGACAAGGCCAUGAAGGCAGUCCAUGGAAUGCAGUGGAAGAAUAAAGUUUUAAGUGUACGGCUCGCCAAGCCCAAAGCUGAUCCCAUUCUAAAGAAGAGGAAACAAGAGGAGGAAACGGAGGGUGUGCAACCUGAUGCAAAGCGUGCUGCAGGUAGCAAGGAGGUAGAAGAAGAGUCUCUCAAUAUCCAGAUUGCCAAUGCAGUGACGCCAUUGUGGAACGUGCCUUAUAAGGAACAGCUCAAGAGGAAGCAGCAAGAGGUGGAGGACAUUUUGCAGAAACUGACCAGAGAAAUUGGCAACAACAACAAAGCCAUGCUGCCAUGGCUGUUUGUUCAGAAAGAGAAGUGUAACAAAAUGUGCUGCCCACUGGAGCCCAUACAGCCAUCACCUGUGCAGAUGGAGUACAGAAAUAAGUGUGAGUUUGUGAUUGGAGUGGGAGCGGAUGGAGAGGAUAAGACCGUGGGCUUUCGCUUGGGUAAAUAUAAAGGCGGAUCCUGUGCUGUAGUGAGUCCGACAGAAACCAGCCAUGUUUCUUCUGAGGCCAAGAUGGUCGUCCAGGCCUUCCAGCAAUUCAUCAGGACAACUCCAUAUGCAGUAUACAGUCCAGAGACUUAUGAGGGCCACUGGCGGCAACUAACAGUGCGGACGUGUAGGACAAAGCAAACCAUGGCCAUUGUUUUCUUCAAUCCACAGAAACUCCAAGAAGAAGAACUUGAGGAACUGAAAAGAAACCUGCGACAUUAUUUUACAGACGGCGAUGGAAAAGAAAGUGGCAUCACAUCAUUGUAUUUUGUGAGAAUGGGACAAAGGACAUCUGCUGGUACGGAGGACCUGCCAUGUGAGCAUGUGUCUGGGGAUGAAUGUAUUCAUGAAGAGCUUCUCGGAUUGAAAUUCCGCAUAUCUCCUCAUUCAUUCUUCCAGACGAACACCCCUGCGGCUGAGGUUCUUUAUUCUGCUGUGGGCGAAUGGGCUCAACUAGAUGAGGACAGCACUGUGUUGGAUGUGUGCUGUGGAACAGGAACCAUUGGCAUCUCUCUGGCAAAGAGGGUGAAGAAGGUGAUUGGGAUAGAGUUGUGUCAGGAGGCAGUGGAAGAUGCUAAGGCUAACGCUGAAGCUAAUGGCUUGACCAAUGUAGAAUUCCACUGUGGGAAGGCUGAGGAUGUGUUCCCCACUGUUCUUAAUGCAGUUGUAUCCCCCAACGUCACUGCAGUUGUUGACCCUCCAAGAGCGGGGCUACAUUCCAAAGUUAUUCUUGCGAUCAGAAGAGCAGAGCAUCUGAAGAGACUCAUCUAUGUGGCCUGCAAUGCAAAAGCUGCUAUGAAUAAUUUUAUUGAUCUCUGCAGAGCUCCUUCUAACCGUGUGAGAGGAGCUCCCUUCCGCCCAGUUAGAGCUAUGGCUGUCGACCUCUUCCCCCAGACCAUGCACUGCGAGACCAUCCUGCUGUUUGAAAGGGUGGACUACAGUUCCAGCACUGACAGUCAGACACAGCAGAACCCGGAGAACUGA